AUGGCGGCGGAUGUUUUGGUGGAGGAAGUGUUCAAUUUUAUCUGCGCUAGUGGAGGUUUUGUGGAGCUAUCUGUUCUUUUAAAGCAGUCCUCGCCCUUGGGAAGUAGAAAAUCAAAGGUAGAAGCGAAAAACUGGCUGACGAGUCAAGAUGAUCCGCGUUUAAUCGUCGUGAAAGAUUUCAAUGGCGAGAUAGCAGGUGUGCGAAUUGAUUUAAGAAGAAAAAUAUGUCGACAAUAUCACGACAAAGGUUCUUGUCGAAGUGCUCAGGGGAAGUGUAAGUUCUGGCAUAUUUGUAAAGGAUUCAUCGAACAAAACUGCCAUGGCAAAUGCAAUCGCUUGCACAAUUUCUUUGACCCAAAAAACAACGAGAAGAUAUUAAAAGAAUUGGGAUUGGCUAAAUAUCCGAACGGGACUGUCAAAAAUAUUGUUGCGUGGAGCUUACCACAGGUUUGUGAGCUGUAUACAAAAGGCAAAUGUACGUCGGAUUCAUGUCUAUACCUUCAUUUUUGUUCUCAAGCUGUCCGAAGUUCAGCGUGUUCUUGUUCUUUGUCACACGACCUCACGGAUUCUCACAACCUGAAGAUUCUCAAAGAGUAUGAUCUGGUACCGCAUCAGUCGAUGUCAACAGAUUUUGUUCGUUGCAAUACUUUGGUUCCGAGGGAGCAGCGAGUUCUUUACAAAGUUUGUGAAUCUUCCCCCGAAGUUUGCAACGCAGAUACGAAAACGUUAGAUACGGCGCUGGCAGUCAAACAAGGUACUAAACCAUCGCCGAAAGUUUCCGCAUCACUAAAGCACGCUACAAAAUCUCAGUGUGAUACCGUGAAACAAAGCUCCUUCAAUAAUCUGCCUAAUAGCUCUGUUCAAGAAUGUGCACCCUCCAAAAAGGCUGUUUUCGAUUGUAUUGUGAAAGAAUACGAUGGCACGGUGUCCUUUGAACUCAUUUCGAAACGACAAGAUUUGUUUCCUAACAUUUGUGCGGAUAUUGCCAAGUGGUUUGAGGCAAGAAAACAAAGCUUUUUAGUCAGAAAAAAGAAAGGAACAAUUUUCCAAGUUAGUGUUCUCUGUCGAAAGGCAAGGUUUUGUUUCAAGAGAAAGUGUUCUCAAAAUGAUUGUCCUUACUUCCAUGUAUGCAGGGAGUACAUCGCAGGAUUCUGCAGACGUGGUGGUAGAUGCCAAAGAAAACACAGUUUUCAAUACGACAAAGAUCGAAAAUUAAUUUCGGAACUCAAUUUGGAUGGUUUGACUGAAGAACACCUCCGCAAGGUUUUUCAGCUUUCAUUGCCUCAAGUAUGUUUGGACUAUAACAAUGGAUGUUGCACAAAAGGUUUGUCUUGCAGCCAGGUGCACAUUUGCAAGGACUAUGUCAGAGAGAGCUGUGAAGGUGAGGAAGCGGGUUGUGGCCUUCGUCACGAGAGUGCGUUUGCCAACGCUCACACCGUUUCCAUACUUCAGAACUUUGGCUUAAGAAUUAUAAGAGGCAAAUUUGAUUCAGUACGUCGAACGCUUUUGGUAUGCGAGAGCAUUUCAAGUGGCUUAAAAGAUCUCAGGGGCAGCAUCGCCGCAAAGGGCGUGACUGGUAAAGUAAGCGGGGACGAUCAGGACAUGAAAUCUAAAGAAGGCGUUGCUGUAAGUUCUAGUGAGCCGUCCAAGGUAAAAGUCCUUGAAUACCUCGCUGAAGAGUAUGAUUGCUCUGCUUCCCUACAGGUGAUUUCCAAACGAAAAGAUUUGUCUCCUUAUGAAUUUCAGGACGUGGAGCGCGAGAGAAAUGCAACAAGACUUUAUAUACCAGGCCACUGGUCGCAAAUGCCAUAUAUGACGCGUUAUCAGCGUGUUUGGUUAUCACCAUAUUCUGACGAAUUUGAACUUGUGGAGGAGCUCUUUAGAAACUCGAUCGAGCAAAGCGUGACAAUCAUUAGCAUUGAACGAGUGCAAAACGCUUUCAUGUGGGAAAAGUAUCAAAGGUGCGUGAGUACGUUUACAAUAGGGUAUACCCUAUUAAUCGCGACCCGGCAUGUACGCGAAUCUUUGCAGACAUUUUUUUUCCUCAUUAGCAUACGACUUAACUCAUAGAAGCCGUGGCCGUAUAUACGAACUAAAUUCAAAAGCUGAAAUAGUUGAUUAUUUUGAGCAAUUUGUACAAUUUUCAGCUCUAUGCAAGCAAUACUGAAGGAAAUAUCAGCUAUAAAAAAACUGCGAAAUCGCUGAGUGGCCAAAAAGUUAAUGAGCCAUAAAUUGUUUGUAAAAUUUCGAGUAUUUAAAAGAGAAUCUCUCCGAGAUCAUUCGGUCUAUUGAGCUCAAAUUUUCAGAGAUAACUGAAAUUGUUAUGUUCUUUGAAUUAUCCAGAGAUUUUAGCCUUUAAGUUAAUAGCUUCCUCAGAUAAUGAUAAACAUACCGUAAAAUUCCGAAAAUAAGCCCCUCCAAAUAUAAGCCCCCCAAACUCGUAACCCAAAAAACCCUCAGUUAAAUCGCCCCUCAAAUAUAAGCCCCCCGGGGGCUUGUACUUGGAAAUUGCCCUCAAAUACAAAGUAAGACAUAGCAAAAACGGUAAGUUUCCUUCCAACUCUAAGACUAGCCCAAUCGAUUUUGAAACGCAAAUUUCCCUCUAUAGAUAAGCCACUCCAGAAAUAAGCCCCGCAAAAAGAGCCUUUGAAAAAUAUAAAGCCCGGGGCUUCUUUUCGGAAUUUUACGGUAUGUUAAUGAGGCAAAAAAUGUAAAGUAACAAAGAUUCACCAAUUUGUUGAAGGUAUCCAUAACCAGUUAUAAUCGAUGAUACUUGAGUUUCUCAGCGUGUUAUUUCCUUUCUCGUAAAAUGGUGGUUUCGUCUUCAUUAGGAGACGUAAAAAUAUACGUGGAGUCGUCAAUGGUCCUUUUCGUGCUAAAUACAUUCAAGCAGUAGUUUUUCUGACGGUGGCGUCAGUGUCAUUUAUACUGAUUUUAUCCGCCUGAACACCACACAAUAUACUGUCACUAAAAACAAAUUAAAACGGUAUACGGACCCAAAAUUAUGUUCUACAUAUAGCAGCUUGUGGCUUCAGAUUCCUUAAAAGGUGUGGAAAUCAUAAUCAUUUUAUUAAAGAAUUGUGUGCUGUAUUUUGUUUUAGGAAAAAAGAAAACAUGUUAUCUUCUAGGACUGCGGGUUACACUACGAUCCAGUCCGUGAACGAGAAGCAGUUGUUUCAUGGAACCAAUCCUGAGAACGUGGAAGGAAUCUGCAAAGACAACUUUGAUUGGCGUUUGUAUGGGAAGAACGCAACGGUCUAUGGAGCAGGAAGCUACUUCGCCGUAAGUGCUUCUUAUAGCGACAAUUACGCCGAGAGAGACUUAAAAGGGUCCAAGUUCAUGUUCGUGGCCAAGGUUCUUGCUGGCUCUUACACUACUGGUCAUCCCAGCUAUCGACGGCCACCAGCAAAGAACCCUGUAAAUCAAGCGAGCGAUCUCUACGACUCUUGUGUAAAUUGCGUGUCAUUCCCAACCAUUUUCGUGGUCUUUGACAUUGAUCAGUGCUACCCAGAGUACAUCAUCGAAUACUCGACAGCUCAAGUCGAAUAUGGCUUUCAGCAACCUACAGCUACAAGAGGGAUACCUUCUCCCACGUCUACUUCCACUAAUCGCCAAGAAGGGCCUUCUUGGCCGUUAGUGGCAGGAGCCGCGGUGGCAGCAAUUGCAGCG